AUGAACGAAAAUUUAUUCUCCUCUUUCAUUACCCCAACCCUAAUAGGAUUACCUAUUAUUAUUCUUAUUAUUAUAUUUCCACUUGUCAUUAUGACAUCAUCAAAACGCUUAGUAAACAAUCGAUUUCACACCUUCCAACAGUGAUUAAUUAAACUAAUUACUAAGCAAAUAAUAGCAAUUCACUCACCUAAAGGACGAACCUGAUCACUUAUACUGGCAUCAUUAAUUAUCUUUAUUGGCUCAACAAAUCUGCUAGGUCUACUACCACACACAUUCACUCCUACAACUCAAUUAUCUAUAAACCUAGGAAUAGCUAUCCCACUAUGAGCUGGAGCUGUAAUCUUAGGGUUUCGACAUAAAAUAAAAGACUCACUUGCUCACUUUCUCCCACAAGGAACCCCUAUUCCACUUAUCCCAAUACUAGUAAUUAUUGAAACAAUUAGCUUAUUUAUUCAACCUAUAGCCUUAGCUGUACGUUUAACAGCUAAUAUCACCGCAGGACAUCUGCUAAUGCACUUAAUUGGAGGAGCUACACUAGUCCUAACCUCAAUCAGCCUACCAACUGCUAUAAUCACAUUUAUUAUCUUAAUUAUAUUAACUAUCCUAGAGUUCGCUGUAGCCUUAAUUCAAGCCUAUGUAUUUACACUACUAGUAAGCCUAUAUCUACAUGAUAAUACGUAA